AUGACGGAUCGACAAAUAACCAAUUUGACGGUGUCCAAUGCCGCUAAAUUGGCCACCUACGGCGCGACAGUUGGAGCAACCAUAGACAACCGAACUAGACAUUUGGGCAUAGCAGCACCCGAAAAAACUUUUCUCAAUUAAGGCUUUUGGUUUAUUUUGCACUGUAGUAAGUAUUUGAUCUGAUUCUCUUUCUUCAAUACAAUUGAUACGUCAAUGUGAUACUGAUUUUUACUUAGCUUGAGGGUCGGUUCAUCUUCAUCUUGAGAACAACAAGCAUUCACCAGAGCUGGUUAGUCUAACAAAAGCCGAAGUUCCAAGUUGGGUCAUGUAAAUCCGACAAAAUCACAUUGACGCAAGUGGAAAAGGUACUUUUUGCUAAAUUGCAUCAUUGAUCUUGAGAAACGGUCGACAUGAAGAUUCCUGACAUGCUAUCUUGAUACUAAUCCCACUACCACUUCUAGGUUUUCCAUACUGUUUGUGAACACUAGGACUACUACUAAGGAGCUCCAUACUAAGUAUCAAGAUAGAUUGAUAACGUCCCACUACCACUUCUAGGUUUUCCAUACCGGAGAUGUGCCAGCUAGCGUUACUCGCUCAAAAAAGGCUGUGCACGAAUCAAAGCGGGGGAACAUAUUAUGGCAAAUUUGGCGUCUCAAGUAGAAAUUAGAUGGAAGCUCUUUGGUUUUCCUCACACUCAUUUUUCAUAGAUGCAUUCGAACUACUACCUAGAGCGAGAGCCCUCCCUUACAACUACAACUACAAAUCCGAGUAACUUUCUCUAAUCCUUUUAGGCACAAGACGAGAUGUAUGGAAUACGUCAGUUGCUGCACAACCUAGGCUGUCGAAAUUAGCUGGGUCUUCGCAAUUCUCAGGUCAAGGAGAACUGAAGAGGACGCUGUCGAAGGUACAACUCAGUCAUAGUUUGAUGAUCAUGCCGAUGAUGAUGAUCUUCUGAGACUCAUAAUAUGUUCAAGGAGUAUCGGAUAAAGCAGCCACAUUGUGCAAGGUAUUUACUUUCAAUUCAAUUCUGAAUCUGAUCCACAGAUACGAGCCGGAUUAAUGGACGCGAAGACGAUGAAGAAUAGUAAACAUAUGACAGAGGAGCAAAUCGCAGACAGGAUAAGGUACCGAAAUCUACGAUGACGCCAUGUAGGCAGUCUGCACUGUACUUUGUGUCUACGCGGAAAAUAUGCAGGCAGGUUCUUCACGGAACUCGCUCGCGAUACAAAAAAAAAAAUGUAAUUGUAUUGUAUUGUACUCCUAUCUAAAGCACUUGUUCCUUCUCCUUGAUGUAUGGUUCUGGUAUUUGGUAACCUGAAUUUGAUCCUAAGGGUUCUCUUCUUGUUUUCCCUUAGGAUCAAAUUCAGGUUACCAAAUACCAGAGCCAUUCACUUGAACAAAUUUAGAUAUGACCCAGAGGCCCACCUCCACCUCAGAUACGUAGUAGCCGUUACAGGGAAAGGGCCUAUAGGAAAAUUUGUAGGCAAGUGGUGGAACGCAGUGGACGAAAGAGGGCUUCCGGCGCACUGUAUAAACCCAGAUUGGCCAGAUUUUGACGCCAGCACGGCCGCACAUAAUCCCGAGGACAUAAAUUAUGAGUUGCUUUUGAUCUUGAUCUUGUUCAACUUCAAGCACUUGGAAAACAUGCCGUUGGUGAGUAGGUCGUGUAGAAAUACAAGUAGCAUCUAUCUUCAAGUAUAGCGGAUGAUGAAAAUGUUUCCAAUUCCAGCAUUCUUGUCUCUUUCUUUAUUCGUCUUUCAAUUUCUUUCUAUUCGUCUUUUUCUCCAUCCCUCUGGCCUCUGCUCACUCUCUCUAACUCCCACAAUCUGAGCGGACGUUUCUUCAGCGGGAAAAGAGAAGGCUGCGGAUGAAUGUGGUGGACGAGAAAGUGAACUACGAGAAGUACGACUCGUUACUUGAGCGAUAUUACCUGAAGAACAAAGAUAUCGAGGACAAAAAAGUCGAAUACCAAGACCUAAAAGAUCUCUUCAAACACGAGGUAUUUAUUUUGGCCUUUGUCUCUAUGUUUUUCUUUGCGCUCGACCAGAUCCAGCGGUACAGGACCUUGUGAAAAAUACUAUCUAUCAUCUUUUACAACAGGAGCACGACUAGAACUAUAGCCUCCUUGUUUGUAUUCCGAUUGAACAGCAGACACCAUGUAAAAAUCAACAGCUUGCAGUAGAAUUUCCUGGUGUUAGUGAGGAACGGUUGCAAGCUAUGGCGCAACGACUCUUGGACGAGAAAUUGCAAAGCGAUAUGAAGCUUCAACGAUUUCCAGUUCAACACGAGUCGUUCAAACCCAAUUGCAGCUUGACCACACAGGAUAGGAGGUAUCUUAAUCUUUAGAUUUACUUUUUUUUACUGAGUUUGUACGACCACUACUUAGGACGAGUUCGUUGUAGCUGUACUAGGAUUAAUUAUUUAUCUGAUUGUGCGAUUUCCUUCUUGACUUUUUGACAACGAAGACGAUCUUGUGUGUCCAGCUAGAUUCGCUAGAAUCAUGAUCGUCUGCUCUCCUAGUGGCAAACCUCUUCUUUCCCUGCCUGCCACUCCAGAUACAAGCAGUAUUUCCAUCCCGGUGCGUGGGCCUACAACGAAACCGAGGGACGGUUCUGUUGGAGUUGCUGUUUGAACUACAAGGAGGAUAGCAAGGGCUGUGGAUUCAAGGUAGUCAACCCAGAUCGGUGGUGUACAGAUGGCUUCGAGAAGGGAGGGCCACUGCAUUAGGCGCCACAUUAGGCUCCGCCUCUUGGAACUACAACUGGGUGGAACAAGAAAAUGGAAUCAACGAUGAAUCAUGUUUGAUUUUUUUCCUAUUCCUUUUUGUAAGUACUUAGUUAGAUCUACAUCUAGAUCAUCUUCAUCUACCUAGUGGUCGAAGAAUGAAUGCACAGCAGAUGAGAUAGACAAGGUGGUGCGUCUGCUUCUAGUAUUAAUUCCAACUCAAGGUCAAGCAAGUGAGAACUCUGUCUCUCAACAAACACAAGGAAGAAUGUGGACUCUCUCAAGCAACCGUAAAAGUCAAAUGUCAAAGCAAGAAUCGUAAGCAGCAAAGUCGAGAUAUUCUAUCUAAGUCAAAGCAGAACAACUCUUAAUAUAGUCAAAGCAGAACUCCAUCGAAGUUGAACUCUUAGUCAAAGCAGAUUUGAAUUAGUUACCGUUUCUAAUACAUAGGUGGCAAACAAGAUGUUGAAAUAGAAUGUUUAGUUACUUUGUUUCUGGUACGCGAGAAUACUGUUACUGUUAGUGGUAGUUGCGAGUGAAUAUGAGUCGCGCGACGACGUUAAAGUCUACGGUAGUAGUGAUCAUGUUGUAAUUAAAUUCUUGUACAGAUUGUUGCUUCGUGUCUCGUGGAAAGCACGGGUGAAGUUUUGUCAUCCCUGUUUUGCUAGUGAAAUUAACAAUUGUUAGAGGUAAAAAAACAUAUUAAUUGGAUGUAGUUGGCGAUACACUCAACAUGACAUUAUCUACUCAGAACCGGCCGAAAGCAACACUACCAAUGGUGUGGGGUCAUGCAGUUGCCAAGCUGCAUAUGAUGACAAGAACUGUAAUUGUACUCCUCCAAUAGAAAUGUAAAGAAGAGUCUUGUAU